AUGAAUUAUUCAUCAUUACUUAGAAUUUGGGUCUCUUUCAUCUUCGCACUUGUACAGCACCAAGCCCAGCCCAGGGAGCUCAUGUAUCCAUUUUGGCAGAAUGACACCAAAACCCCUAAAGUAGACGAUGGAAGCUCAUCUGAGAUUAAGUUGGCCAUCCCUGUUUUCUUCUUUGGUGUUCCUUACCGCACCGUCUAUGUCAAUAACAAUGGUGUUGUUUCCUUCAACGUGCUAGUGAGCCAGUUUACGCCGGAGUCCUUUCCCCUGACGGAUGGGAGGGCCUUCAUUGCUCCAUUCUGGGCAGAUGUGCACAAUGGAAUUCGGGGGGAGAUCUAUUACAGAGAGACCAUGGACCCUGCCAUCUUGAGAAGAGCCACCAAGGACAUCAGGAAGUACUUCAAAGACAUGACAACCUUCUCUGCCACUUGGGUUUUCAUCGUCACCUGGGAGGAAGUCACGUUUUAUGGAGGCAGCAGUACCACACCUGUGAACACCUUCCAGGCCGUGCUGGUGUCUGAUGGCUCGUACACGUUCACACUCUUUAAUUACUAUGAAAUCAACUGGACUACUGGGACAGCCAGUGGUGGUGACCCCCUGACAGGCCUUGGAGGUGUGAUGGCACAGGCGGGAUUUAAUGGUGGAAACCUCACGAAUUUCUUCAGCCUUCCGGGGUCAAGAACUCCUGAGAUUGUAAAUAUCCAAGAGACCACGAAUGUCAAUGUUCCAGGACGCUGGGCAUUUAAAGUUGAUGGGAAGGAAAUUGACCCAGCCAAUGGCUGCACCUCCAGGGGACAGUUCCUUCGGCGAGGGGAGGUGUUUUGGGAUGAUCUGAACUGUACCAUCAAGUGCCGCUGUCUGGAUUUUAACAAUGAGAUCUACUGUCAGGAGGCCUCCUGCAGCCCCUACGAGGUGUGCGAACCCAAGGGCCGAUUCUUCUACUGCAGCCCUGUGGAGACCAGCACCUGUGUGGUGUUUGGGGAGCCACACUACCACACCUUUGAUGGCUUCCUCUUCCACUUCCAAGGCUCUUGUGCUUACCUAUUGGCCCGACAGUGUCUACAAACCUCCAGCCUCCCCUUCUUCAGUGUGGAGGCCAAGAAUGAGCACCGAGGGGGCUCUGCCGUCUCAUGGGUGAAGGAGCUCUCUGUUGAGGUCAAUGGCUACAAGAUUCUCAUCCCAAAAGGGAGCUAUGGAAAAGUCAAGGUGAAUGACCUAGUGACUUCUUUGCCCGUCACCUUAGAGCUGGGGGCAGUGAAAAUCUACCAGAGUGGCAUGUCUACUGCCGUGGAAACAGAUUUUGGGCUCUUAGUGACGUUUGAUGGCCAGCACUAUGCCUCCAUUUCCAUCCCGGGCUCUUAUAUAAACUCCACCUGUGGGCUCUGUGGGAACUACAAUAAAAACCCACUGGAUGACUUCCUCCGCCCAGACGGCAGGCCCGCCAUGUCGGUGCUGGACCUGGGAGAGAGCUGGCGUGUCUACCACGCCGACUGGAAGUGUGGUUCUGGCUGUGUGGACAAUUGCACUCAGUGUGAUGCUGCCACCGAGGCCCUCUACUUUGGUUCCGACUACUGCGGCUUCCUCAACAAGACAGACGGCCCACUCUGGGAGUGUGGCACUGUCGUGGAUGCCACGGCUUUUGUGCACAGCUGUGUGUACGACUUGUGCAGCGUGAGGGACAACGGCACGCUCCUCUGCCAAGCCAUUCAGGCCUACGCCUUGGUGUGUCAAGCCCUGGGCAUCCCAAUCGGAGACUGGAGAAUCCAAACUGGGUGUGUGUCUACCGUGAGGUGCCCAAGCUUCAGCCAUUACUCCGUGUGCACCAGCAGCUGCCCUGACACCUGCUCAGAUCUGACGGCCUCUCAGAACUGUGCCACACCGUGUACAGAAGGUUGUGAGUGCAACGAGGGCUUUGUCCUCAGCACCAGCCAGUGUGUCCCAUUGCACAAAUGCGGCUGUGACUUCGAUGGUCACUACUAUACCAUGGGGGAGUUCUUCUGGGCCACGGCCAAUUGCACGGUGCAGUGCUUAUGUGAGGAGGGAGGGGAUGUCUACUGCUUCAACAAGACCUGCCGGAGUGGGGAGGUGUGUGCUGUGGAGGAUGGCUACCAGGGCUGCUUCCCCAAGCGGGAGACUGUGUGCCUGCUCAGCCAGAACCAGGUGCUACACACAUUUGACGGUGCCGCCUACGCCUUCCCAUCCGAAUUCUCUUACACACUACUCAAGACCUGCCCCGAGCGUCCUGAGUACUUGGAAAUUGACAUCAACAAGAAGAAGCCUGAUGCGGGGCCUGCUUGGCUCCGGGGUGUUCGGAUCCUCGUGGCUGACCAAGAGGUCAAGAUAGGAGGAGUCGGGGCUUUGGAAGUCAAGCUUAAUGGUCAAGAUGUGGAAUUACCCUUUUUCCAUCCUUCGGGGAGGCUGGAGAUUUACCGAAACAAAAACAGCACAACCGUCGAGUCCAAGGGCGUGGUGACGGUCCAGUACUCGGAUGUGGGCCUGUUGUACAUCCGGCUGUCCACCAUGUACUUCAACUGUACUGGGGGCCUGUGUGGCUUCUUCAAUGCCAACGCCAGCGACGAGUUCUGCCUUCCGAAUGGCAAGUGCACGGACAACCUGGCCGUGUUCUUGGAGAGCUGGACGACAUUUGAGGAAAUCUGCAACGGCGAGUGUGGGGACCUGCUGAAGGCCUGUAACAAUGACUCCGAGCUGCUCAAGUUCUACCGGGGCCGCUCCCGGUGCGGCAUCAUCAAUGACCCUUCCAACAGCUCCUUCCUGGAGUGCCAUGGGGUGGUCAACGUCACCGCCUACUACCGCACCUGCCUUUUUCGCCUGUGCCAGAGCGGAGGCAACGAGUCGGAGCUGUGUGAUUCUGUGGCCCGUUAUGCCAGUGCUUGCAAGAAUGCAGACGUGGAGGUGGGGCCCUGGAGGACCUAUGACUUCUGCCCUCUAGAAUGUCCAGAGAACAGCCAUUUUGAGGAGUGUAUGACGUGUACAGAGACCUGUGAGACCCUUGCCCUGGGCCCCAUCUGUGUGGAUAGCUGCUCAGAGGGAUGCCAGUGUGAUGAAGGCUACGCCCUGCUGGGCAGCCAGUGCGUGACUCGGAGUGAGUGCGGCUGCAGCUUUGAGGGGCACCAGCUUGCCACCAAUGAGACCUUCUGGGUGGACCAGGACUGCCAGAUCUUCUGCUACUGCAAUGGCACAGACAACAGUGUCCACUGUGAGACUAUUCCCUGCAAAGAGGAUGAAUACUGCAUGGAAGAGAGUGGCUUAUACUACUGCCAGCCCCGUACCGAUGCUUCCUGUAUCGUCUCCGGCUAUGGCCACUACCUCACCUUUGAUGGCUACCCCUUUGACUUCCAGACCAGUUGCCCUCUCAUCCUCUGCACCACAGGAAGCAGAUCUAUCUCAGACUCUUUCCCCAAGUUCAUUGUAACAGCCAAGAAUGAGGAUCGGGACCCAUCACUGGCCUUGUGGGUGAAGCAAGUGGACGUGACCGUGUUUGGCUACAGCAUUGUGAUUCACCGAGCUUACAAGCACACUGUGCUGGUCAACAACGAGCGGUUGUACCUGCCCCUGAAGUUAGGACAAGGGAAGAUAAACAUUUUCUCUUUUGGCUUUCACGUGGUGGUGGAAACUGACUUUGGCCUGAAGGUUGUGUAUGACUGGAAAACCUUCCUGUCUAUCACUGUCCCCCGGAGCAUGCAGAACAGCACCUAUGGCCUGUGUGGACGCUACAAUGGUAACCCUGAUGAUGACCUGGAGAUGCCCAUGGGGUUGCUUGCACUGAGUGUCAAUGAGUUUGGGCAAAGCUGGGUGAAGAGAGACACCUUCUGCCAGGUGGGCUGUGGGGACCGCUGCCCAUCCUGUGCCAAAGUUGAAGGUUUUUCCAAAGUACAGCAGCUGUGCGGCCUCAUCCCCAACCAGAAUGCUGGCUUUGCCAAGUGUCACAGCAAAGUCAACCCCACCUUCUUCUACAAAAACUGUCUGUUUGACUCCUGUAUUGAUGGAGGUGCUGUGCAGACAGCCUGCAGCUGGCUACAAAACUAUGCCAGCACCUGCCAGACUCAAGGGAUUGCAGUGACUGGCUGGAGGAACUACACAUCCUGUACGGUCACCUGCCCUCCCAACAGCCAUUAUGAGAGCUGUGUGAGUGUCUGCCAGCCUCGCUGUGCCGCCAUCCGCCUGAAGAGUGACUGCAAUCACUACUGUGUGGAAGGCUGCCAGUGUGACGCCGGCUAUGUCCUCAAUGGCAAGAGCUGCAUCUUGCCCCACAACUGCGGCUGCUACUCGGAUGGCAAAUACUACGAGCCCAAGCAGCUGUUCUGGAACGGAGACUGCACUAGGCGCUGCCGCUGCUUCCGGCGCAACCUGAUCCAGUGCGACCCACGCCAGUGCAAGUCAGACGAGGAGUGUGCCCUGCGCAGCGGGGUGCGCGGCUGCUUCAGCACCAAGACCUCCUACUGCUUGGCGGCAGGGGGCGGUGUCUUCCGCACCUUUGAUGGUGCCUUCCUGCGCUUCCCGGCCAACUGCGCCUUCGUGCUCUCCACCAUCUGCCAGAAACUGCCCGACAUCUCCUUCCAGCUCAUCAUCAACUUCGACAAGUGGUCCUCGCCCAACCUCACCAUCAUCUCACCUGUCUAUUUCUACAUUAACGAAGAGCAGAUUCUCAUCAAUGACCGGAACACUGUCAAGGUGAACGGCACACAAGUAAAUGUUCCAUUUGUAACUGGCUUGGCAACCAAAAUCUACAGCAGCGAGGGAUUUCUGGUGAUUGACACCAGCCCCGACAUCCAGAUUCACUACAACGGUUUCAACCUCAUUAAAAUCAGCAUCAGUGAACGGCUGCAGAACAAAGUGUGUGGCCUCUGUGGCAACUUCAAUGGUGACAUGACUGACGAUUAUGUGACCUUGCGGGGGAAACCUGUGGUGAGCAGUGUAGUGCUGGCCCAGAGCUGGAAAACCAAUGGCAUGCAGAAGAGACCUCUCGCCCCCAGCUGCAACGAGCUACAGUUCUCACAAUACGCAGCCACGUGCGACAAUGUGCACAUCCAGACCAUGCAGGGUGAUGGCUACUGCCUGAAGCUCACCGACAUGAAGGGCUUCUUUCAGCCCUGCUACGGGCUCCUUGAUCCCCUCCCCUUCUACGAGUCCUGCUACCUGGACGGCUGCUACAACCACAAGAAGUUCCAGCUGUGCGGCUCCCUGGCCGCCUAUGGGGAGGCCUGCCGCUCCUUCGGCAUCCUGAGCACCGAGUGGAUUGAGAGGGAGAACUGCUCAGGAGUGGUUGAAGACCCCUGUGUGGGGGCAGACUGUCCCAACAGGACCUGUGAGCUGGACAAUGGAGGAGAAUUGUGUGGAUGCAUUGAGCCACCCCCAUAUGGAAAUAAUUCACAUGACAUCAUCGACGCAGAGGUGACCUGCAAGGCAGCCCAGAUGGAAGUGUCCAUAUCUAAGUGCAAGCUCUUCCAGCUGGGCUUUGAGAGAGAGGGUGUGAGGAUCAAUGACAGACAAUGCACAGGCAUCGAGGGGGAGGAUUUUAUCUCCUUUCAGAUCAACAACACCAAAGGGAACUGUGGAAACAUCGUGCAGUCCAAUGGCACUCAUAUCAUGUAUAAGAACACAAUCUGGAUCGAGAGUGCCAACAACACAGGCAACAUCAUCACUAGGGACCGCACGAUCAAUGUGGAAUUUUCAUGCGCCUAUGAGCUGGAUAUCAAGAUCUCCUUGGACUCUGUCGUGAAACCUAUGCUAAGUGUCAUCAACCUGACAGUCCCGACUCAAGAGGGCAGCUUCACUACCAAGAUGGCACUCUACAAAAAUGCCUCCUACAAACACCCGUACCGCCAGGGGGAGGUCGUGUUGACCACUCGAGACGUGCUCUAUGUGGGGGUCUUCGUGGUUGGAGCUGACUCCACACACUUGAUCCUCACACUCAACAAAUGCUAUGCCACCCCCUCCCGAGACAGCAAUGACAAGCUUCGGUACUUCAUCAUUGAAGGAGGGUGUCAGAACAUCAAAGAUAACACCAUUGGCAUCGAGGAGAACGGAGUGUCCCUAACCUGUCGUUUUCAUGUCACCGUCUUCAAAUUCAUCGGGGAUUAUGAUGAAGUUCAUCUUCACUGUGCGGUGUCCCUCUGUGACUCAGAAAAAUACUCCUGCAAAAUUAACUGCCCGCAAAAUUCCAGGAUCGCCACAGAUUAUACAAAAGAGCCCAAAGAGCAAAUCAUUUCAGUGGGACCUAUUAGGAGAAAACGGCUGGACUGGUGUGAGGACAACGGGGGCUGUGAGCAGAUCUGCACCAGCCGGGUUGACGGGCCUCUGUGCAGCUGUGUGACGGGAUCCCUGCAGGAAGAUGGCAGGAGCUGCAGAGCCUCGAAUUCUUCAGUCGAACUUCAAGUUUGGACACUUCUUCUCAUCAUGGCCCAGAUUUCACUAUGGCAUUUUGUCUAUAAAUCAGGCACAACCUCAUAAUGAACUCAAGGUGCUUCCUUCAGUCCCUGUAGGUAUAAAAAGUGUGUGUCCCCAAGUCAAAACCUGUUUGAACGUGUACAGCCUUUCAAAAU